ACACGAGAAAAAAAAAACCUAAAAAAAGCUCCUUUAAAGGACCACUCUAGAUGGCAAAAAAAACAAAACAAAACCCAGAUCAGCUGUAUCAGAAUUUCAAAAGAAAAACCUGAAGAAAACCCUGCCCAUGUUUUUGAAAACCACAAGAAAUAAACAGAAAAAGGUUUCGUUUAUAAUUUCCGCAUACUUCCCCAAAUGGGUUUCCCUAAAGAAUCCUUCUUCUUCCUCCUCCUUCUCAUCUCUGUUUCCGUGAUGAUCCACUUGACAAUCUUUUUUGGCUUUUUGACCGUUGCCGCGACUGCUGUAGAUUAUACCAACUUGGUUUUCAAGGGCUGCGCGGACCAGAACUUUCAAGACUCAUCUGGGUUGUACUCGCAGAACCUCAAAACCCUAUUGUCAUCCAUGGUUUCGCAGUCUUCCCAGAAGAUUUUCUGGACAACCACGUCUGGCGACGACCGGACUGCCAUCAGAGGACUCUACCAAUGCAGAGGAGACCUCACCACCGGUCAGUGCUCCACCUGCAUCGGCAAGAUCCCAGAACUGAUUAACAAACUCUGCGGUAAAGCCGUCGCGGCGAGAGUGCAGCUCAGUGGGUGUUACUUAAGGUACGAGGUGGCCGGGUUCAAGCAGGUUGCAGAAACAGAGCUGUUGUACAAGGUUUGUGGGUCGAUUCAGGCGAGUGGAGGUGGGUUUGAGGAGAGGAGGAAGAUGGCGUUUGAUACGGCGGUGAAUGGAGUGAAGAACAAUGGCGGUGGAUUGUUUUACACAGGGGUUUAUCAGUCUGUUUACGUGUUGGGUCAGUGUGAAGGUGAUUUGGCGAGUAGUGACUGUGGUGAUUGCUUGAAGAGUGGGUUUGAGAAAGUUGAAAGUGAAUGUGGUGAGUCAAUUUCAGGACAGGCUUAUCUCCAUAAAUGUUAUGUUAGCUACAGUUAUUACCCAAAUGGGGUGCCCACCAUUAAUCCAUCAUCAGGAUCAUCAAAGCAACACACGCAGAGGACAGUGGCGAUUGCAGUUGGGGGAGUAGCAGCUUUUGGGUUUUUGGUGGUUUGUCUGUUGUUUGCCAAAUCUGUGCUGAAGAAACGUGUCGGUGAGAAUCAAGACUCGGCAGCAACUUUUGACAUCUUAUUCAUUUGUGUAGUUAAUUUGGCAUCUCAUUCAUCGUGUUUCAAAAUCAUGUGCAGAUUAUUGACUACCGAGAAGCGAAUUGGAAAAUAUUUUGAUCAAGAUUGGCAACCCGGUGAUUAGAUUCAAUGGAGUUGGGUGGGUACAUCACAAUAGAAGAAAAACAAAAUCAAAAGAGGGAGCCUCUGUUUUGAAAGAGAAAAGCAAUUUAGGGUUUAGGAAAA